AUAUCCUUAUCAAGCGAAGGCCUAAACCGCUACAGUGUGAACCCAACAUCAGCAUAAAAGCCACACGCCGUCCAAGGGGACAUCCUCUUCCUCAGCCACAGCAACACCAUGAAGGUCCUCGCGCUUCUCUUGGCCUCCCUCGCCGCCGUCAGUGCCCAGACGGAGCCCUGGUGCCGCUGCGCCGCCUUCGUCACCUACGAGCACUCGGAGAUCAUGGUGUUCGAAGCACCCGAAGUCACCAUCGACUCCUGCACAGACGACGCCAAGCAGUGCAAGAGCUCCUGCACCAAAGAGCUCAACGAUUUCAGCAACAACGGUAAUCUGUGGCUCGUUCAGGAAAACGGCUUGACUGUUGGCCAGAACAUCUGCACCUAUAUGGCCGACCAUUUCUUCUACUUCAUCCACAACCACAGGGUGUACGGCUACUUCGAGGUGUGCGGAGGCGCCUGGGAGUACACAGGAGUCGCGUCGCAGCAGCUGCUGUGUUGCAACGGAGGCAAGCACGAGCACUGCGUCUCUAAGUAACUGCAGCAAAGAAACCCUAAAACAGACUACACAACACUAUCAUGAAAUCAAUUGGUCAUUAUUUCACACAAGUUGUUUUAUAGAAUAUGAAAUGAAAAUAAAUUAUUUUACCUAC